AUGGUCUCCAUUCAGUCCCUGGCUGAAGUCAAGGACCGGCUCCGAAUCCGCAGCCUCCUGGCCCGGCAGUGCCUGGCGGAGUUUCUGGCUGUGUUUGUGCUCAUGCUCCUCAUACAGGGGUCUUCAGCCCAGGCUGUCACCAGUGGAGGAACCAAAGGAAACUUCUUCACCAUGUUUCUGGCUGGCUCUCUGGGUGUUAUGCUAGCCGUCUAUGUGAGUGGUGACGUCUCAGGGGCCCACCUGAAUCCAGCCUUCUCCCUGCCCAUGUGCCUCCUGGGACACCUCCCCUGGGCCAAGUUUCUCAUUUACUCCUUGAUGCAGUUGCUGUCUGCUUUCUGUGCCUCAGGAGUCACCUAUGCUCUCUAUUACGAUGUCCUACAGAACUACACAGGUGGGAAUCUGACAGUGGCUGGUCCCAAGGAAAUGGCUUCCAUCUUUGCUACCUACCCUGCCCCCUAUCUAUCUCUGAGCAAUGGCUUCCUGGAUCAGGUUCUAGGCACCUGGAUGCUGAUGGUGGGGAUCCUGGCCAUCCUGAACACACAGAACUAGGGAGUGCCUGCAGGUCUGGAGGCUGUGGUAGUGGGGUUACUGAUCCUGGCCAUCACGCUCUCCAUGGGUGCCAACUGUGGGCUCCCAAUCAACCCCGCCCAGGACCUCGGCCCACGGCUUUUCACCUACGUAGCUGGCUGGGGCCCUGAAGUCUUCAGUGCUGGCAAUGGUUGGUGGUGGGUUCCUGUGGUGGGUCCUCUAGUGGGGGCCACGCUUGGCACAGCACAAUUGAGGACUCAGCCAUCUCAGGAUCUACACUGUGCCCAACAGGAAGCCUCAGACUCGGGAAGUCCGGCCGCAACUCAGCUACAGGAGAGUAAGCUGUGA